AUGGCAUUACAUCUCCAAACGUUGUUACCAAUCUCCAUUAUUCUAGCCAUCAUUUCAUCAGUGCUGCACCCGUGCGAGUCAGCCAGAGUCUUCACCAUAAUCAACAACUGUAAGGAAAACAUCUGGCCCGCCGUCACACCAGGGGACAACUUCGACGGUGGCGGCUUCUUGCUGAAACCACACCAAUCCCGUGUCUUCACUGCCCCCGUGAGCUGGUCGGGUCGGAUAUGGGCUCGAACCGGAUGCAAAUUCGAUUCCAGUGGAAACGGAUCGUGCGUGACAGGAGCCUGUGGUUCCUCCUUGAAAUGCUCAGCCUCGGGAAAGCCUCCUGCUUCACUUGCGGAAUUUACCCUCGUGGCCUCGGAUUUCUACGACGUGAGCCUCGUCGAUGGCUUCAACGUGCCGGUAGCUAUUCUGCCCAUAAAUGGAAAAGGAAAUUGCACCACGGUUGGGUGCGACUAUGACAUGAGACCAAAGUGUCCGUCAGAGCUCGCCGUGAAGUCCAACGGCAAAGUCGUGGGGUGCCGGAGCGCUUGCGACGUGUUCAACACCGAUGAGUAUUGCUGUAGAGGCAAUUAUGGGAACCCCACUACGUGCCAACCUACGUAUUACUCCAAGAAGUUUAAGGACGCGUGCCCUAAUUCUUAUAGUUAUGCAUACGAUGAUCCAUCAAGUAUUUUCACCUGCACGAGUCCUGACUAUGUCAUUGCCUUCUGCUCCUCCAGGAAGCAACAAGUGUGCUCGUACCAUGACCACAAGCUCCAUUGCAAUGGAUCGAAGGGCCUAAGCUCGUUAAUCGGAAGGUGGAUGGUCGGGGUGACUGUGGGAUACUCGAUGCUUAGUCUGUGGAAUCUGUUCUGAAGCUGGUUAAUAUUUAUAUAAAUUCGGUUCUUCUGAUCCAGUUCGUUUGACAUGAACGAUUUUGGACUGAAGAACCAACCUGCUUUUUUCCUCUCUCUUUUGGACGAAUAACGUCUGUCGGAAGCUGUUUCACUUUGGUUGCGAUAUGUUUCAACAAUUUGUUAAAAUUCUUUUCCUUGGGUUCAAGAAAAAUUUGGGAAGGGCAAGUGCAACCGCCUCUUUUGUACGUUCUCCUUGCUCUCUGUUGUGUUAAUUAUUUUUCCUUAAUUUAGAUCAGGCCUUCUCAUCUAUUUAUAUGUAGUUUUGGCAAAAUCCAAAGCGUUUUGGAUUGGAGCCUUGGUGAUCAAAGUCAAUAAAUAUAAACAUGGGCAGGAAA